UUUCACCUGCAGUCUUGAUCUUCAUUAGCUGAUAGGAGGGAUUUGCAGCAUUGGCAAUAAGUUCUGCUGGUUGCUGGCUGGCUGCCAAACCAGGCUGCUGUUUUAAGAUACCAGGUCCUCGCUCUUUUCCUCUGCCUUGUUCUCUCUUUCUACAUCAUUCCAUGCCACGUCUUUGCUAGAAGAAUACUGUAAAAGCUUUUGUAUCCAGAUGGGAGUAAAGCUGCUGCUACUUGCUUAGAAAAUCAUAUAAAUGUAAUUCUGUGGCUUGUGCUAUUGAGGAGGGAUUCUUUUGCUGCUGAGAAAGAAGGAAUCAGAUAUGCGGUCAGAAUUUUAAGACUGGCUCAGAGUGCACUUGAUUUCUUUGGCUGGCUGCUGAAUGAAGCAGUACAAAUGGAUGCAUGUAUUUUAAUACCCCAGUUUUAACAUAUGAAAUAUGAAAGAAAUGUGAUUCUAGAACAUGAAACCAAUGGCGAGUAAGUCUGGAUUUUCAAACUCUGUUUCUCAGCCAGAACAUCCAUUCUUCCAGGUGUCAUGCAGCCACAACCAGCAGUCUACAACAUUUAGGCAUCCUGUGACUGGCCAGUUUUCCCCAGAAAACGUUGAGUUUAUUUUACAAGAGGAGAAGAAUUCACAUAUGUCCAAGCAUCAAAUAAACCAAAGACCCUCAAGCAUGGUCAGUGAAACAUCUACUGCAGUAACUACAUCCACUGUAGAUGCAAAACCUGGCUCUAAGGUGGCAAAAUCUGGAAAUAAAAUCCACAGCUUUGGGAAGAGGGACCAGGCUAUACGAAGAAACCCUAAUGUUCCUGUUGUAGUACGAGGAUGGCUUCACAAGCAAGAUAGCUCUGGGAUGAGAUUAUGGAAAAGACGCUGGUUUGUACUUGCUGAUUAUUGUUUAUUUUACUACAAAGACAGCAGAGAAGAAUCUGUUCUUGGAAGUAUACCAUUGCCUAGCUAUGUAAUAUCACCAGUGGGACCUGAAGAUCAUAUAAAUCGCAAGUACUCCUUUAAGGCUGUCCAUACAGGUAUGAGGGCAUAUAUCUGUAAUAAGAGUUCUGUUAUUGGCUCUCAGGCAGAACAUUCAGGGAUGCGUACAUACUACUUUAGUGCAGAUACUCAAGAAGAUAUGAAUGGCUGGAUCCGGGCUAUGAAUCAAGCUGCCCUUAUGCAAACACGUUCAUCACCAAAGAGAGAAAUAGGAAAAAUAGAUCAGCAAGCUGUUCCCCAGGCCAAUCAUGUGGAUGCCUGCAAAGAUUGCGCAAAGUCAGAGCCUGUUGAUGCAAGAGGAAAUUAUAGAAAAUCACCGGAAAUCUCUGCAUAUGAUAAGCAUGAAGAGAUUAAAAAAUCAAGAGAGGAUGAGCAUUAUACUGUCAGGAAGAACACUGUGGAAUCAAAAAGGGAGAAAUCUAAACGUUUAUUAGAAGUUGGCACAUCAAAUCCAGAGUCAACUUUGUCUCGGUCCCAAACAGCUCAGCUUGUUGAAAAGAAUGGAAUGCUUUCCAAUUCCUUAAAUGCAAGUACUGGCCCUGUAGAGCAGAAUGGUGUCAGUUUGUAUAAACGAGGAUUUAUUUCCAGACCAACUCAUAACAAGCAAACACAAAGGAAAAACAACAUGGCUCACAUAGAACACUGGGUGAAAGUGCAGAAAGGAGACACAAAAAGUCUUGCAUCUGAUCAGACUCUUAUUCGACAAGCACCCAGUCAUUCAGUAUCUUUUCCUGAAAAUUAUCAUACAUUGCCAAAGAAUACCAGGCAGCCUCCAGGAAGUUCACCUCCCACAAUCCGUAAUUUGCCAAGUGACUACAAAUAUGCUCAAGACCGGGUUAGCCACUUGAAGAUGUCCCAUGAUGAGAGAAGAGCAAAUAAAGAUGGUACUGUAUGGCAGCUGUAUGAGUGGCAACAAAGACAGCAGUUUAAACAUGGCAGCCCAACAGCACCUAUUUAUAUUGGUUCUCCAGACUUCACUGACCGUGGUAAGGGAAGAAGUUCAUUAGAUGUUCCACGUUCAGUUUCUGUACCCCCAUCUCCUUCUGAUAUCCCUCCACCAGGACCACCUAAAAUCUUUCCACCCCGGCGACCACAUACUCCUGCAGAAAGGGUUACUGUUAAACCAUCUGAUGAAAGACAGAUGUUAGACAUUCCUUUUGCUGGAUCACCAAGAAAGAUUCGAAACCCGACUAGAAAGAACUCAGCACACAUAGAUAGACGCUCCAUGCCAGCAAUGGGAUAUAUGACCCAUACUGUAAGUGCUCCAAGUUUGCAUGGCAAAUCGGCUGAUGAUACCUACAUUCAGCUCAAGAAAGACCUUGAAUAUUUGGAUCUGAAGGUGACAGGGCGAGAUACAAUAAAGGAACGCAAUACAAAACCCAUAAAGAUUGGAGAAAGUGAUGUUGAUGUGAAACUAAGUGUUUUCUGUGAACAAGACAGGAUUCUCCAAGAUCUAGAAGACAAAAUAAGAGCUCUGAAGGAAAAUAAAGAUCAGCUGGAAUCUGUCUUAGAAGUAUUGCACAAGCAGAUGGAACAAUACAAAGACCAACCACAACACACAGAAAAAAUUUCAUACCAGCAGAAACUUUUACAAGAGGAUCUCAUACAUAUCCGGGCUGAAAUUUCCAAAGUAUCUACAGAAAUGGAAAAUGCCUGGAAUGAAUAUCUGAAAUUGGAAAAAGAUGUAAACCAGCUGAAGCGAGCCUUACAGGAACAGAUGAAUAGAUUAUUUUUAUCUCAGGAGAAAGCUCAAAUACAAAAAGAUUUGUGGAGAAUUGAAGAUGUAACAGCUGGCCUAAGUGCUAAUAAGUCCAAUUAUAAAGUCAUCAUAGAAUCUAUAAAGAAUCCAGAAAGAAAAACAGUGCCUUCAUUUUCAAAACCUCUAGUGCCUUCAUUAUCAUCUACUCUCAUGUCAGUAGACAACAAACUUUCUACUCAGCGAAGCCCACCAUCUAGUCCUAUCAAGCCAUCUUUGGAAGUCAGACUUUUUCCUCAGCCUUAUACCCAGCCUAGAAUGCUCUCUCCAUCUCAACAAGUGAAAAAAGUUGAGCCUCCAGUUCAGUCACCAGUAAAAUUAAAGCCAAAGGUUGAAGAUGAAGCACCACCAAGACCUCCUCUCCCACAACUGUAUAGCCCAGAUGAUCCCCCACCAGCAGUACCACCCCUUCCUAGGGAAGCCACUGUCAUCAGGCACACAUCAGUGCGGGGCCUGAAACGGCAGUCAGAUGAAAGAAAGCGAGACCGUGAACUAGGACAGUAUGUGAAUGGAGAUUACAGGGUAGAACUCCGCUCAUAUGUGAGUGAACCUGAGUUGGCAACUAUAGACAGUGAGCUGAGUCAAUCUUCCCUUGGAUUCCUAGGUGUUGAUGGUAGAUACCAAACAUUACCAUCCAGAGGAUUAUCUGGUUCAACGUCCAGACUCCAUCAGUCAUCCACAGCUUCAUCCUAUGCAACACUUCGAAGAGAUGGUUCCAAGGAGAGACCAAAGAGUGCCUUGGAACGCUUAUACUCUGGAGACCACCAAAGAGGCAAGAUGAGUGCAGAGGAACAACUAGAAAGAAUGAAGCGGCAUCAAAAAGCAUUAGUUCGUGAACGCAAGAGAACUCUUGGUCAAGGAGAAAGACAGUCUGUCUCGUCACGAUCAUUUGUCCGGCCAGUUUCUGCAGACAUAGGCUCAUGGAAGCGGGAACAAGAAUUUGACUUGCAGCUACUGGAAAGAGCAGUGCGCACAGAACAAAAAGAGGAAAAUAACUGGGUAAAAGUAGAGCCUGUAUCAGUGACAGAAGCAGACCUAGAACAUGAUGAUUACAAUUUGGAUAUUAGCAGAGAGCUGUCAAAACCUGAAAAGGUUGCAAUUCCAGAACGUUAUGUUGAGCUGGAGCCUGAAGAACCUCUCACCCCAGAAGAGUUAGCAGCAAGGCACCGUAAGGCAGAAAAAAUAAAGAAUCUCCUUACCAAAUCCAGUAUGCACAAUCUACAGCCUCCAGCUCAGGACAAUCACAACUCUGCAAAUUUAGAUUCACAGUUACAAGAGCAAGAACGCAUCAUUAACAUAUCAUAUGCACUGGCUUCUGAAGCCUCUCAGCGGAGCAAGGAGGUGGCAGCUCCGCAAUUGACCUACCCAUCUAAAGCACCCUCACCUUCUGUACCUCAGCCACCCCUCUUAAGCAAUGGAUUUCACUACACAUUUGUCUAAACACCUUGAAACCAAAGCAGUAACCGAACGCUGAUUUCUGAUGAACACCAGUGAACAACCACCUCAUGAACAAGAAGAGCAAGGAGGAAGAACUUCCUACAUUAGCUUUCUCUCAUUUUUUAUUAUUUUUAUUACAUUAUAAGUACUGAUUAAAUAACUGCACAGAGACAGAUUGUACAAAAUAAGAGAACAAUUUAGUUUAUCUGCAUUCUGUCAUUUUUAAAAUACAAACAGCACUUUUGAUGUACUAUGUAAAAUAUUGACACUGGCCACAACCCACCAUAUAGUUAAGUGCAUUCAACUACUGUUGUUAUUAAUAGGUCUUCUGGAAGUAAUUACUGGAUUGUAAGCCAGUGCAUUUUUAGAAACAUAAUAAAUAUUAGGUUUUUUUAAAGGGGGGGAGAUGAAUUGCAUUCAUCUUAAAGUCCAAGUGCAUGCUGUAAAGACAGGCUUUUUAUUUUAUUUUUAAAGAGAAAGAUUUUUGAAAGCACAUCAUAGUGUUUAAGCAGAGGUAACUUGAGAUCUUUUUCUAUUUUUCUCAGAGCUCAUAAUGCCUUUGUGACUACUGAUCAAUAACCAGGUGGAAUUUUAUUGAAAUACUAAGAUUCUGAAAUCCCAUGUAAACACUAAAAGCAGAUGUAAAACAUAUAAAUGAAGUUCCCUGUUUUAAUAAGUAUUGUAUAGCCUACUGGCACUGGCAAUAGUUGUAGACUCCUGUUGUGUUGUUGCUGAACCUAGUCCAAUCUAACAACACAGUUGGGGUACCAUUUUUAAAUACAUUUGUUAAUUUUAAACUUAGGUUCACGGUAGUGAAAGGUGUGUGUGAUCUAGUCUCUAUCCUCAUUCAGGUACAGCAUCUGAGGCCUGAAUAUAAUGUGUUGGCCUUUCUCUCCCUACCCCCCAAUAGUUCUUGGUGCAGCUCAGAAACCAGCUUAUGGGGAGCUUCCCAGUCCACAACAUGUUGCUUGUUCCUCUCCCACUUAGAACAUAGAAUGGCAUAUUCAGGCAGAUGGCGAUGACAAACUCUUAGCAUGACAUGCCACUGUGUGGAAUGGGAGCUCUGGAAGACUUCUCUUAACUCUAUCCAGCCUUCCCUCUGACCUGGAUUACCAUUACUCCCAUUUUUGAGUUUGAAUAUCAUGUUUCAUGCCAGUGAAGCAGAGACAAAAUAUAGAGAAGACAUGCUUUCCUUUAUCUUCUUCUGCAACAUACUCAAGAGAAAGAAGAGUGAGGAAGCUGGUCUCCCUUGAAUUCAGUAUGAAUUCUCUGCACAUGGGUGCUUCAUCUAGCUAAGGUGGACCUAAUCAUCCACUUUCAUUUGAAAUAUAUAAAGUAAGCAAUACACCAAUUACUAGAAAGUAUCAUUUUAUUAGUGAAUAUAUAUACUUUAUAAUCAAUGUUUUUUUUCAGCAGGAAAAAAUACCACUAUGUUUUUAGUAUAUUAAAUAUACUAAAUAGUAAAUAUUUAGUAUAUUAAGGGAUUAUGCCUUUAGUCUUGCUAAAACGUUCACAUUCAAGAUAUUUUCUUAUAUCUGAGGCAAAAGACUGGCUAAUGAAAAAAACCUAUUGAAUGGUUGAUGCUUUGAACUUGAAAUGUGUUUAAAUAGAAAAGAUUUGAUCCAGAUUUAUUCAUACUUGCAAUAAAUCCAUUGAAAUCAAUGAGAGUUAAGUUAGUUAUGAUUUCAGUACAUCCAUAUAUUACUGAAUCUGGACCCAUUAUGAGUGGUUUGCAAAUAUCCAAUAUGUUCAUAAUGGAUGAAUUCACGCCUCCCAAUCUCUUCUUUGAGCAGAGACAUUUCUUUGUAGACACUGGAGAAAGGGGAGCUCUUGCUUCUCAAAAAUGAGACCCAGGAAAGUCAUUUAAUCAUAAUCUGUUUUGUGUUCUGGGUCAUUACUGGUGUUAGGAACUAUAAAUACAUUCUUGCAAUAUAGAUAGAAUGCACUGUAGAGAGAUCAAAUAUGUGAAAAAUUAAUUCCGAAUGUUAUUUCCAUAGCCAGGAUUAGGUAGUGUACUUCCACUGGAUCCUACUGCUUCUUAAAAUCAGUGAUUCUCCUACAACUUUCCAGUACACCUUAGAAAGCUCACUGCAACAAGUUUCUGUUUCCACAAAGGGCUGGAGGGUGAGGGGAGGGAAGUUCCAAUUCCACUGGUUUUAGAUAAAGUAAUAUGCCUUUGGUUCUUGGCCCAUGGUGGCUACCCAAAAUAAGAGAUGCAGAAUAGCUGGAAUUAAUGGUCAAAGCUCAGAGAACUGCACAUUUUUUCCUGGUAUGGUUUUAUGUUUGAACAACGUUCCCUGCACUGUGUGGCAAGCUAGCAUUGCAACUCUGGAAUAGUUUUGAAUUCUGGUUUGUGAGAGGAUGGCCUUUCAAUGGGGAAAAGACCUCCAUGAAGCAUGCAAGUCCAUGGGUAGACUUAAACAAGCUUUCUGGACUGUAACUUAUGAAUUUUAUGGAACUAAUCUCUUAGUCAAAUGGACUCUUUAAUAAUGUGCAAGCCUGCUUCAGACUAGAGUGAAAUGUUCAGAACAAAUAUGGCAUCUUCAGAUGUCCAGGACUAGGUGGGGAAUGUUAGUACUUUGAGAGACAAAUGAGGUGAUUAAGAAGAGGUUGGUAUUAAAAUAGGUAAUUUUCAGAAUUUAAGAUACAGUCUUGUUCUGCAACUUUUUGUGCCUCAACCUGUGUUUGGGGCAAAAUGCACCAUGUGUCACAUGUGGUGGUAUAAAUAUUUAUUUCUUACACAGAAAUUCUGUAAGAAAAAUUCAUGCAAAUGGCUGGCUUUAGCCUUUUUCUCAAACUCAGUUCUGUUGUCUGCAUUUCUUGAAAGUGAUAACAAAUACAAUCUCAUAUCGGCCUACUACAGAUUUUAUUUUAUUAAGGAUAGUCAAGAGAUGAUUCAGGCUUAUUUUCUACUCACUGAAAAAGGGUUUCACAAAGAGAAAUGCUUACUUGUGUUCUCUUUUCCAUAAAUAAAUUAUUUAAGUAAAGAUUCUGUCUGCACUUAACUUAUGUCUCUUAUGCAAAACAAAAAUUAAAAAUAAAAUAAUGCAGCUAUGUUUAAAAUUAUUAAAUAAAAAUUCUUCUUCUAUUUUCACUAUACUUGGAAACUAUUCUUGAGAAAUGUAUUUAGAAAAUGCAGUCUAUUUUUAACUAACAGAAUACUGCCAGUGUCAACUCUGUAACAUUUUGCCAAAAUGAAAUUGUUUUAUUUUUGCCUUUAUUAAAAUGUUGAAAGAAAUAUUUUGCAACAAAACAUUAAUUUAAAUGUAACCAUUUGGGGAUAAUGUAUAUGUACAUAUUAAACUAUUAACAUAAUAUUGGAUUUGCCUUUGCAUUUUCAACCAUUGUCCAUCAGGUUUUUGUUCAGGUUCCGUUUGAAUUUGAAUCUGAUUUGUUUUUACUGCUUCUAUGCUGCUGUCAUUAGUGCAGAUUCACAGAGAGAGGGUUUCCUCUGACUUGGGAAUUUGAAUUCAUACCUGUGUCUAUACAUUGUAGUUCUUCAUCAAGGUCUCUGUGCAUAACACAUAUGGGUAUGUUCCUGUGCAGAUCACUCCUUCUCGGUAGCUGAUAAGUUUGGUGGUCACCCACUCCCUCUUAUGUGUAUGUCCCAGAACCAGUUUGCUCAGUUCUACUUUGACUUUCACAAGAGUAGCAAUUGUAGUAGUUGAGAAUUUUACCUUGUUUUUCUUUCAGUUCCUAAUUGUAAAUUGUUUCUGUCACUGGAGAGAGUUCCCUUUGUUCUGGGACAGUUUUGGGCAGGAUGCAUAUGGCUACAUGGAUUCUAUUCGGUCAUCGUUGGAAAGUUUGAUUAAAUGUCUGCUCUGUGCAAAUCCUACAAUGCCAUUGUGUGCAAGAUCUGUUUGGGCUUAACAGAGAAGCAUGGCAACACAGAUCUGCAAGACUCCAUUUGCUGAUUUGGGAGUGUAAGGUAGUGUAUAUGGAACAAUGUCAGAUUAUGUCAGAACCAGUGGUUUGGUAAUCAUCCAGUGUGCUGAAUGUUUUGUUGUGAGCAUCCAGGUAAACCCAGGUCAAUAGUACAUCUUUGGUACCAUUGCUGAAAUUGGAAUAGUUGGCUUGGCCUAUAUUUACUGAAUCUUAGGAUAAAGUUCACCAGGGUAAAUGGUCUCAUAGAGACUAAGCUCACCAGGGGAUUAAGAAGAAACAAAUGAAGUCUAGGAGGUUUCAGUUUAAACAAUUCCUUUGAUGGUAUUCAAAGGUAUUCUGCCUUCAGAUGUCUUUAAUGCUGAAUUGUCACACACUCAUGCAGAUUCCCUAUUAUUGGGUGAGUCAUAGGGUGAUGUUUGCGAUGAUCCAGUACCUGAAGAUCUUCAUCACCAUCAAUCAUUACAAGGCAUACUGAAACAAAGAGAACGAGCUCAAAGAUUAAGCACUCAUACAGAAAAGGCACCACUGAUGUUGAAACAAUGGUAUGAUUCUUAUUCUGACACAUGUCAUUUUAGGUGAUGAUUCAUGGUCCCAUUCAGGAGAUCACUGAUGAUCCCCAGGACCAAGCCUCAAGAGAUUUUCAUUGUCAAUGGUAUUGAUAUCAUGGUCAUUAAUCCUAAUUAAAAGAUUCUUGAUCUCCAUUUCAUAUUUUUGAUAAUGGAUCACAUUAUUAUAAUUAUUUGCAUGGCCAUUAUGUGUGCUUGGUUUCUUUUAAUGAUUAUCAUAGGUAGUCUAGAAGCCAUUCCUUGGUUACAUAUUCUUCCAUCAUCAUUCCUGGUCUUAAGGAUAUGUAUCUAGAGACCUGUCAGCUGUUAAUUGUAUAUAGCAAUCUUAAGAAGCUGCUCUAUUAGUGGGGAUAUUACUGCCAGCAGAGUUGCUCUGCUCAUAUCCAAUCUCAUAUGUGUGAAUGCACAAAUGACUACUUGAAGAACAUCAGUUAUAGGUAAGAAUCCUGCUUUUCAUGCAGGUUGCUAAGCUGCUAGAUAGACAUACUGACUCAGUUCCUGAUUCCUUAUCUCUUUGCUGUAGACACCACAUUACUUCAGUGAUAAUGUAACAUCAAGAUAAAAGCUUCUUUCGUGCAGUAAACAGAAGACCAACUUCAAAGUACAUGGUCAGUCCUAAUGCUGUGUUGGGUAGCCUUGGGUAAGCAACCUAGGUUUUGAAAGAUCAUUGUGAUGAUAUACAGUAAAAGCUUUUGGUGGAGAGGCCACUGAGCUUUUGGUAAGUUCUGUGACAAUGUUUGGGAUUGUUACAUGUAUAUCUGAAUGAAUAUAUCACUUUUAAACAUUUUUUCAUAUAUGAUCACAUGAGGUGAUUUGGGGCUUAUGUUCAAGGUGCACGGAUGUACUAUUCUGUAAAAAUCACCUCUUUUCUUGUCCAUUAUUGGUGCUAAAUAAAUUUUCAUUGCUAAAAAUAGUAUAUGUCCAUAAUAAUGGUGACAUUAUCCAUGUCCAAAAUUGCAAAUGACCUCACUAAUUGCCUUUGUAGAAUCUUCAAUGAAAGGUUUUAAAAAUUAGAGUUUAAAAAGCAGACAUACAUCAAGGAAAUGAAAACAGAAAAUUCAGGCUGCUAAAAAGAGAUUUGUGGAAUGUGCCACAAAUAACAUCAAGACA